AUCGCAUAAUGGGCGUGCGUCUACAUAAGUUAUUUCAAUUUAUCGACGGAUUUAGAUCUGAAUACGAUCUAAAAGGUUUUCUUCAUGUCGGUAUUGAUUAUUCCGUAUUUCUGCACGUACCUAAAUCACAUGACAAGAAUCUAGUUUACGAACUAUACGAGACGAGACACGUUGAAGAUAUUAAAACAAAUAAGUCGCAGCUUCUGGCAAUAUCAAAAGUACCCGUGGAAUAUAUACGACAGCAGUUAAAGACGUUCCUACAAGAGUUGUAUAAAGCUAAGUACGAAGAUGAUAAUGUUGUACCGGGAACAUCUGUACAGACGUUAAGGGAAUGGCAAAUAGAUCAGAAACUAAAACAACAAGAUAAUAUAGUUAUACCAAAUAAACAAAAAGAGAAAGCAGCAUUAUAUUAUAUGAAAUAA